CUUUACAUCCGCCUGAAUCUUGAUUGGUCUCCACGCUUCGCAAAAUUCUAGAAACCGGAGGACCGGAUUCUAUAUCUUUUAGAAUCUUUUCUGGACCGAGACUCUCCUCUUCUGGAUGCUUGGCCUCCCCACGUCGAUAAGUUUCCGUAUGUUUCCUCGAGCCGACACCGUUCCCGACUAUCCCACGACCAUAGCGCAUAGCUUUGUGUUGGUCACCAUCGUAUGCAUACCCAACUUCAUCUCUCGGGACCGGUAUAUGGAUGGCCGAGCAGCGCUUGGGCGUCUACUCCGUCCUCUGACAAGGGGAGCCAGCCCACUUACAGAAUUCUCGGCCAUGUUUGCCCGCGUCUGGCUAGCUGCGGCUUGGGCAAAUUUGGCGGCAGCUCAGUUUAUGACAGACUAUAAUCCGCUGUCGUUUUGUGUUAAGCUCUCGUGUGUGCUCUUCAUCCUAUGAUGGGACACCACAACGCUGAGAGAUACGAAGCUACCAAAAUCACGUGGGGGAUAACGCACCAGAAGCCCACUCCAGCCUAAGCGCCACCUAGACUUA